AGCUGGGAUACGAACGCUUGUGCUCAUAACAGAAACAGUGUGGUUGCGCGCGCAGCUUCUCUGGAAAGAUACUGACCGUGGAUGAGUUCGACCUGACAAACUUGGACGUGAUCGAGCAAUGCAACGUGGCCAAUGUGACCUAUCAUACGUGAUGCAGGCCUGAUGCUCAAUGCACCCUGGUCCCUGCGCAUUGCCCUGCAUUUGCUUUGUUCAGCUGGUUUUGAAAAGCCAUGGCGCACGCAUUGCAGACUUCCCCUUUCCUGGGUUCCACUGGAGCUUUCCAGUCAGCAGCAUUGCAGCAGAGGUUUGAGAACACCGCCAGAAGAUGCCCGCUUAUUAGCUCCCACCAACCAUCAAGCGCCAGGUGUCAAGCUGCAAGUGGUGACUCCGCCAGGGAGGCACCUGCUGUCACAAGGCGAGCUGCGUUGAACCUCGCUGCGGCUGCGGCCGUCCUUGCGAACUCACCGCUCAGGGCUCAGGCGGCCAGCCUGCCGAAAAGCGACGAUACGCAGAUUAGGCUGGUGUCAAAGGACGAAGAAGCUGGCAUCGAGAAGUUGCCCCUGCAGACGACCUCUUCAGGCCUGCAGUACCGAGACCUGGUGGCAGGGGAGGGACCCAGCCCGCCCGUCGGAUUUCAGGUCACAGUUCACUACGUUGCGCAGCUGCCAGAUGGCCGCAUCUUCAACAGCUCUCUCGAGAAGGGCUCGCCGUACAUUAUUCGCGUGGGGGCCGGCCAGGUGUUGAAAGGCCUCGACGAGGGCCUGCUGACGAUGAAAACGGGUGGCAAGCGGAGACUAUACAUCCCGGGAGACCUCGCAUUCCCGAAGGGCCUCGGCGCGGCGGCAGGGCGGCCGCGGGUGCCGCCCAGCAGCCCCGUCGUGUUUGACGUCCAGUUGCUGUACAUCCCUGGCAUUUCGGACGACCUUGCUUCGGAGGAAGAGGCUUCAGCGUAAAAGGAGGAAGCUUCUCCGUCUGAGGAAGCGUGAUGAUGUUCUAGACGGCUGCAGAUUUGCGUUUGGUUAGCCUGGUGUGACUACCAUUUUUGACCUGGUAAAGCUGCCGCCAAGUGGCAGUUUCGUGUUGCAACGUUUUCUUUUCGAGUGGUUGAUCAAUCUGCGGCGCCUAAAACUAGAGGGCCCGACAUCGUCAAGUUGGGUCUAGUGCUCUUGGCAUUCUGCCCUGAACUUUGUGUACUUAAUUGUGUGAUGGCAGUGCGUAGAGUGCCGCGCGGAUCCACUGCUUUACGUCAUUCUAAUGAUACAGUAUGUCAGAAGGUGUGCUG